CAACAAUUGUCGACAACAACAACAACAGCAGCAUCAACAUAAAUUCAUAGUUUUUCCUGUGCAAAAUAUACACAAGAGCUCUUAUUAUAUAAAUCAAAGUGUCUUUAAAAAUCCAAUGCAAAUGUUUUAAAGUGUGUUGUGUGCUUUGGGAUUUGGGAUUACCUUGACUUGGCUUUCUUUUGGCCACGCCACGCCACCUUGUUGUUGCUUAUGUGUAGCCAUGUGCCUGCUGCCAUAAACAAAGCGACGCUUCCUAAUUGAAAACUGUCAGCUUAAUGGACGCGUAGCAAAACGGCCACUAUCUGUCUGCUUGAGUGUGUGUGUGUGUGCGAGUGAGUGAGAGACAGAGAGAGAGAGAGGGACAGUUAGCUGCCGUGCAGUUAAUUUUUUGUUGUUGUUUUUUUGGACAAAACCACAGCGUGAUAUCAGAAGUGCGGUAACCAAAACAAAACUUAGCCAAACCAAAUCAGUGGCCAGCAUGUGCAGCGCAACAAAAAUGUUUUACAGUUAUAGAAUUUUAUGGCUUUCCGGCGUUUUACUAGCUCAACUGCUGUUGGUAACGAUAAAGGCGCAGGAGCCGGCCAGUCCAGUAUUUCAAAAUCACAAAACAAAGGAAUGGACGAAUUUAGAUAAUAUCACAUUCUCAUUCGAUUGCAAGCGGCGCUCGGUGGGCUUCUAUGCGGACAUGGAGUACAAUUGUCAGAUAUUUCACAUGUGUGAUGAGGAGGGCAAUCGAAUACCACACUUGUGCGCCAAUGAGACAAGCUUUAAUCAGGAAUACAGAAUAUGUGAUUGGGACUACAAUUUCAACUGCACAGAGUCACCAAAAUGGUUCUAUUUGAACGAGCUGACAUAUGCCACAGAUCCGCCAGACGAGGAUGACGAGGACUACUAAAUGCAGUUAACUAAUUAUUUAUUGUCUUUUGAGUGAUGCGUAAAAACAAAAACAAACAAAACUAAUUACAUUGAAUGCAGCAAAUGGAAUAAAAAACGAGCGAACGCUAUUGCAGUUGAACAGCCAACAAUUUGAUAAAAAGCAGGCAGCUACAUUUUUGUUUAUAGUCUGUGAAAAAUUUCCAUGUGGUAAACUAAGUGAAUUUGUUGACAAUAUUUGUUGAGUUUCGUUUUAAUUUUUCUCGUAACCAUUGUGUGUGUAGUCUAAUUUCUGUUGUAAAUAAUGUAAAUAGAAGGCCAAACAAUAACGAACGUGGGUCAUCAAUAUUACUAUAUA